AUGCCUUCUUCUUCCUCUUCAUCAUCCACUUCUGCACAGAAUGCAUCUGUGAUGAAAGCCUUUACCUUCUGGUACGACCGUGAAGUUCGUUUUGAUAUUUCCUCCGCUGAUUUUGAGGUUCAAACCGCCCGUGGGGAAUUACUGCUGGCCACUAUUCGUCCCGUAGAAGACACAAAGGGAAAUAAUGGAGAAGAGGGAGUUUUUUUCGUUACUAAUCUGCGGUGUUUAUGGCAUAGUUGUCUAACUAGACGUAAGAAUCUUAGUAUUGGUUAUUAUGGAAUGCAAAAUAUGGAAAUGAAACAAACCUCCUCACGUCUACGUGGAUCUACAGAGGCAUUAUAUAUAGUAGCGAGAUUUAGUGGUAGUCGAUUUGAAUUUGUAUUUACAUAUUUAUUACAAGAUGCCCGUCUUUGUUCCACUGUAAUGUCAGUUUGGCGUGCGUAUGAAUCCAGUCGUUUAUAUCGUGAUUUACGACUUCGUACAUCUAUUGUUCGCGAUAAUGAUUUAAUCUUAUUACCGGAUGAAAAACUCUUCUCACGUCAACGGGGGGUGAGUAAUGUAAGUAAUGAUCAGGGACAUAUUGGGAUAUUCUUUACAACAAACAUUCGUCUUGCCUGGUGUGCCCAACCGGCAUCCAACUUUAAUGUAUCUAUACCAUUUCUACAAAUCGUAGGUUUACAUAUACGACAAACACGAUUUGGUCAAGCCUUUGUAAUUGAAACAUCUAACUUUGCAGGGAAUUACGUACUUGGAUUCCGUAUAGAUCCAAAGGAGCGACUAGUUGAGUUAUUUAAGGAAUCCGUUUCUCUAUGGAAGGCAUGGACAGCACAUCCUAUAUUGGGCGUUGCGGUGGUCCUGCAAGAUACCGUGGGAAAUGGAAAUAAUAAUAAUAAUAAUAAUAAUAAUAAUAAUAAUAAUAAUAAUAAUAAUACAGAUGCCUCUACUGCCAUCACAACAACAGCAACAGGAGAAGAAGGAGUAGGAGGAACAACAACAGCAACAGCAACAGCCGCAGCAUCUUUAUUAUCAUCAUCAUCAUCAAAGACUGCAGCUCCGCAGCCACGAGUGCAGGAUGGUGAGGAUGUUGUGAAGGAAGUCCAAACAGACGCCUUCGCUGCAUAUUAUGCCGAUAUUGGGCAGAAAGGUGUCGAUCGUCGACCGGAGUUUGAUGUCUCUAUUGGUCUCGCGGUGGAGAAGCUCCGCACUGGCGUCACUCUGCAGGAUCUAUGGAGUGUAGUAACGUAA